AUGUCAGACAAGGAGCCUCUCAUCACUCACCUCUACACCGCCGACCCCUCGGCCCACGCCUUCAACGGCAAAAUCUACAUCUACCCCUCCCACGACCGCGAGACAGAUAUCCAAGACAACGACAAUGGCGACCAGUACGACAUGAACGACUACCACGUCUUUUCGCUCGACUCGCUCACCGGCCCCGUCACAGACCACGGUGUAGUCCUCAAGCAGGAGGAUGUACCUUGGGUGUCCAAGCAACUGUGGGCUCCCGACGCUGCUACCAAGGACGGCAAAUACUACCUCUACUUCCCUGCUCGCGACAAGGAGGGCAUUUUCCGCUGUGGUGUCGCUGUCUCCGAUAAGCCUGAGGGUCCUUUCAAGCCUCAAGAGAAUUAUAUCAAGGGCAGCUACAGUAUCGACCCUGCCUGCUUCGUCGACACCGACGGCUCAGCCUACCUCUACUUCGGCGGUCUCUGGGGCGGUCAACUGCAGUGCUGGCAAAAGGAGGGACACUUCGACUCUGCCUGGAGCGGCCCACAAGAGUUGACUGGCGAUGGCGUCGCAGCACAAGGUCCUCGUGUCGCCAAGAUGACCAACGACAUGCUCGAAUUCGCAGAGACUCCUCGCGAAGCCUUGAUUGUCGAUGAAGCUGGCAAGCCCAUCCAAGCCGACGACCACAAGAGACGAUUCUUUGAGGCCGCGUGGAUGCACAAGUACCAGGAUAAAUACUACUUCUCGUACUCGACUGGAGACUCCCAUCUUUUGGCAUAUGCUGUUGGAGAUAGCCCGUACGGUCCUUUUACUCAGCGCGGCACCAUCUUGGAGCCUGUGGUUGGCUGGACUACUCACCACUCCAUUGUUGAGUUCGAGGGCAGGUGGUACCUCUUCUAUCAUGAUUCGUCGUUGUCAGGGGGCAAGAACCACUUGCGUUGCGUCAAGGCGAGAGAGAUCUUCUAUAAUGAGAAGGGUGAUAUUCACAUCUAA